UUCAGUGGCAACUGGGUGAUAUUUAUUUUUCUUGAAAUUCUAUCAAAGAAUUAGCUUCAUUUAAUUAAAUAAUUUUAUGCAACAUGAAAUAAUAAGUACAAACAGAGCUGUUCUUAAUGGAGAAUUUUGUUCUGUAUAAUGAAAUAAAAAAGACAGAGCAUUCAAUUUUGUACAAAGGACGAAGGAAAGGUACCAUAACCUACCUGGUAAUAAAAUGUGUUGACAAAUGUCUUGGAGUUUACAUCAACAACAUGGCUCGGUUGAUGAUGAGUAUGAAGCAUGAAAAUGUGGUUGAAUUCAAAGAAUGGUAUGAGACCAGCAAGCAUUACUGGCUUAUUAUGGAACUAUGUACAGGAGACAGUCUUGACAUGGUGAUAGAGCAAGAUAAAUGCUUACCAGAGUCGUGUGUGAGAGAUUUUGCAGUGAACAUUGCAGAAGGCCUGCAUUACAUCCACUCAUUAGGUGUCAUCUAUGCAGAUCUGCAGCCAUCCAAAAUCUGGCUCAACAGCCUUGGUGUCUUGAAGUUAGCAGACUUCAGUCUCAGCAAGAUGGAGGAUGAAAGUUUUGAGCAAGUCUUCAACUCAUUUUCAACAUCUGGCAACUUGUCUAGGAACACAGACAAUGUGUAUCCUGAUCUUCCAAAUUAUUUGAGCAAUUAUGGCAAUGUGAAAUAUUUGGCACCAGAGUUAUUAAAUGGGCAUCAGCAUUCAAAGGGCAGUGAUUUGUGGGCCUUGGGCUGCAUUAUGUAUCAUAUGUUCUCUGGCCAUCCACCUUUCACUGCUGACACUUACAAGCAGCUGAGAAAGAAAAUUCUUGAAGAUGAAAUGCCCUAUCCACAAGUUUCUUCCAUGUCUUCUGCCGCUGUACCAUACCUUCCUCCAUCAUCUGAUGCUGUUGAUCUUAUGAGAGGCCUACUACGCAAGGAUGAAGAUGCGAG